AUGAGAUUUCACUUUCAGGAACCAAAAUCAUCCAUCAACGACGAAGAACAAGAACAAGAUUCUCAUGAAAACAGCUGCUACUACCCUGGUUGCAAGAAAAACGCUAACUGCAAAUGUGAAUUUUGCAUUGCCAGUAUCAACGCAACCCUUGAUCUCGUACCCAAUAGCUCCUUAACCAAGUUCUCUUCUUCCAAACCCAAUUUCAAUACCUACUCUCCAAUCACCUUUGAUUCUUCCAUUUUCAACACGCCAAGAAACGGUUCUAGCUGUAUAGAACCACCGUCUACUCCUGUCGUCAAAUCGAGUGCUAAAUCGAAUCAUGUUCAGAGAAUGGAGAUGAAGAGCGAGGGUAAAAAGAGGGCUUUUUCCUCUGGUGUUGGUGUGUUGAAUGUGAUGAUGGUUUUGGGGGUUCUUUUGUUUGCUGAUGUUGUUUUGUCGAGGGUUGUUUCUGUGGUUUAUCGACCUUCUUUGUCGCCGGAAUUAGUGAAAAGGGUUGGUGAGAAAGGUUAUCAAAUUCAGGAUUUGAAUGGAAAGUUGAGGUUUUUGCAGAAGGAAUUGGGAAAUGUUGUUCGUGGAAAAGUUUCAAACUGUAGUUUUACUGGUAGCUCAUGGGAAGUUAGCCAGGAUGGUUUGUUAUUGAAUUCAAAAUGCAAAUUGUACAAAUCAGCAAUGGAGGAGGUUGCAAUUUGGGGUUGGCCUCUACAAACUGCUGGAAUGAUCACAACCGGGAUGUCUUCUCGGACCCUAACUAUCUUAUCGGGAAGAGUUACCGAGUGGAGUGGUGGACAAGUUAGCUAUUUGAUUCGAAAGGCUAAUACUUCAUGGAUACAACCAGAAUGGGGUGCCUCAGUGGUUCAACUAGAUCCUAAUACUUGGAUUCUUGAAUAUCAAAGGAGCUCUAUUGUUGAUGGUAAAGGAUUGUUUUCUGCAGCAUUGGAGUUACUCAAACGUAGGAUUUCAAGGAAUAUUGACAAGAUGAAGAAAAAUUUCUGGCUGUUUGUGGUUAGUUUUGAAGAUAACCGUAGCUACAAUUGGUUCGCAACAACCAACUAUGGGUCUAAAACCCCAACUUGA